GAUCUGGAGCGGCUCUGCUGCAGCGAGGAGGAGAGCAGGAGAAAAAAUGAUGAUGAGUAAAUCAUCACAUCUCCACGUUUGACACAGAGACAAGUUACUUCGUUCAUCCUCACCGGCUUCCAUACAAAAGGAGGCGCGCAUCCCCGCUGAAAACAAACCGCACUGUCAUUAUUAUUAUUUUAUUAAUGAGUUGAUUUGAAGACUUCUUCUGUCCAUCUGUCUUAGAGGAGUAGCAGACAGACACUGGCAGUCAUGAUGGAGUCUAUCUUAGACAGUUUAACAGCGGAGAAACUCUAUUCCUCCGCAGGAACCAACCUGUUGGACCUGGAGGAACUCGGCGAUGGAGAUUUCCUCUCUAAUGAGCCUUUUUCUGGUGACCAAAUGGACGACUUCAGCAGUGAAUUAUUUAACAGUUUCUUCGACGACCAUCUCUUAGAGCGCCCCCUGCUGACAGAUAGACCCUCGCCCCUGCACAUUGACAUGGACAGCAACCCAGAUAUCCAAGCAGACCACAGCUACUCUCUGAGUGAAGACUCCGCCCCCCAGAGUCCGGCCCUGUCAAUCAAAAUGGAUGAAGAGUCUGAAUUUGACUGGAACUUCAGUCAGGACUUGUCCUCCAUCCUGGUGAAACAGGAGGAGCCUGAUGUUGGCCAAAGGUUAGAUCCUCAGCCUCUAGAAAACCUGCCUCUCAUAUUAAGCCCUGCCCCUCCUCAUACAGGGUCACCGUGGAAACACACAGAUCAGCGUCUAGAUGAUGUGAAGUCAGUCGCUAUAAAGGAUGAACCCAGAGAAAAUGGACAGUACCUCAGCCUGCCCAGCGAUGACGCUCUGCAGCUCCCUCCCACCCCUCCCAGCAGUAACCAUGGAGACAGUGACGGCUCACUCCCGCCGUCCUCCCCUCACCUUCCUCUCCCUCCGUCCUCACCCCAGCCACAACAGAGGCCAGGAGGUCGUGGAUCUUCUUCCUCUUCCUCAACAGCCAUCUCUUCCUCCCCUCUCCUCACGGCACCACAUAAGCUGCAGGGCUCAGGACCCCUCAUGCUUACUGAGGAGGAGAAGAGGACCCUGGUAGCAGAGGGUUACCCCGUGCCAAACAAACUUCCCCUCACCAAGAGCGAGGAGAAAGCACUGAAGAGAGUCAGACGGAAGAUUAAAAACAAGAUUUCAGCUCAGGAGAGUCGGAGAAAGAAGAAGGAGUAUGUGGAAUGUCUGGAAAAGAAGGUGGAGAAUUACACGUCAGAAAACAGCGACCUGUGGAGGAAAGUAGAAAACCUGGAGACUGCCAACAGGUCUCUUUUACAGCAGCUGCACAAGCUCCAGUCUCUGAUUUCAGGGAAAGUCAUCCCCCGUUCGUGUAAAAUGGCGUCAACUCAGACAGGAACAUGCCUAAUGAUGAUGGCGUUGUGUUUCGUCCUGGUGUUGGGCUCCUUCUCUCCUUGUCUCUCCCCUUUGUCGCUUUUCUCUCAAUCCUCCUCUUUGUCCUCCUCAUCCUCUCACUCCUCACCUUCCUCCCUUCCUUCGCCAUCAGCGGACCUCUACACGACCAGUCAGGUCCGUUCCCGCAGCCUGCUCUUCUACGACGAGGAGGCUCCCCUGGAGGAGAGUUUGGUGCCCUCAGAAGGAGAGAGGCUACAAUCAGAGAUCCACUCUUACACCCAGACACGUCGGCAUACAGCUGACACCCACAGCAACCAGACAAACGGGCCCAAAUUAGAACAAAGAGCAACCAAUCCAGGCAAAGUCUCAGAGAUUUCAUAAUUUCUUCCUACUCGCCCACUGAAGCCCUUCAUCCUCCUGUUCUCACAUCAGAAAAUCAACCUACGCAUCAGCAUCCUUCAUCGUCCCGUUAAUACUUUAAGAAUCUGGAUGUAAACAUGAGCCUUUUGUUGGAACUGUUUUAAUGCACUAAUCAUGUUAUGUAGACCAACUAAUUAUUUUCACCCAAUUAGUUUUUUAUUUUCCUGCACAGUGUCUUGCAAAAGCACUUUCCCCACAUUUUGUCAUACUACAUACACAAACAUGUGCCAAAUAAUAGAAUCCAGUGGAACUUGUCUUUAAAUCAGCUAAUUAAUCAAAGGGAAAUUCAUCAUUUGCAAGGGACUAAAAGAGGCUACUCUUAAUAGAACAUUUAUAUCUGAUUUAAUUUUCUUAAUUGAAAAAAUAACAAACAGGGCUGUUGGUCAGAAGGCAGGAGGGUGUUUAAAAAAAUAUAUUUUGCCUCCAGAUUUUUAUGACUAAAUCAGCUAAUAAAAGAUAAAAUGUUGAUAUUUCGCCACCAAAGGGACAUUGAUGCUUUAGACCAAUUGAGAUUAGACCUAAUAGUGAAGAGCUUAUGUUUUAUUUAGUCAUAUAUCAUUAGUUGUAUAGAUAAAAAGCAGCAAAAUUAGCUUUUAUAUCUGAUUCUCUAAACCAAAAAUAAUCAGAUUGAAUUAAAAGCAUAGAGAUGAAAAUAUUCUAGCCCCUAAGUGGAUAGAUAUAAAAUAUAUUGAAGCGGUGCCCUUUUUUUUAAAGUGCCUUCCAUGUUCUACUGUCUAAUAUGGCCUAUUUCACUGUAUACUUGGUGCAAAAUGUAACUGCUAUACUUAUAGGGGGUUAUUGUACUUUUUUUUAAGUUCCAUUUCCUGAAACCACCAUAUGACUUGGAGGUAAGGUUCAGGAUUGGAUACUCAUUUCCAGGGCAGUAACCGCCUACUGUGCUCAUCAACAUUAAAGAAGAAACCCUUGGUAAACAGGUGUUAAAUGCUUUAAAACGAUUGGGUGGCAGCUUGGUGAUCCCACAAAAAGGGUUCUCUUUGCUAACGUUUUACCCCAUUUAAAAUGGCAUUUUUCUUAUUUCUUUCCAUAUUGAAGGGAGAAACUAGCCACUGCCUUACGUCACAUUUAGUUAGAUCUCAGGAACCAG